AUGACAAUUGCUCUAUCAGCAAAGAAUAAGCUAGGGUUUGUCGAUGGUUCCAUCACAGCCGAAGCACAACAUGUCAAUCUGUGGAAGCGAUGUAAUGAUAUGGUGAUUUCGUGGAUAAUCAACACUCUUACUAGAGACAUAGGUGAAAGUGUUCUAUAUGUGCAAACUGCUGCACAAUUGUGGAAAGAAUUGAAUGAUCGAUAUGGUCAGGCUAAUGGUGCAAAGUACUAUCAACUACAUAAAAGUUUAUGUGAAAUUUCACAGGGUAGUAGUAAUAUUGCACUCUAUUUCUCCAAGAUUAAGAGCAUUUGGGAUGAGAUAAGUUCGUUGUCUUCAAUUUCUACAUGUUCAUGUGGUGCUUCUGCAGAAUUAGCAAAAAGAGACGAAGAACAAAAGUUGAUCCAGUUUCUCAUGGGAUUGAAUUCAGCUUAUGAUAAUGUUAGAGGAAAUAUUCUAAUGAUGCAACCCUUGCCUUUAAUUAGUACUGCAUACUCUCUUUCGAUUCAAGAUGAGAAACAAAAGGAGAUUCAUCCUAUUGGUGCACGGAAUGUCUGUUGA